AUGAGGCAAGUGCAACACGAAUGCGCUGCUAGUGCUGUCCAGCGUGGCAUGGCAUGCGCGUGUGCUGUGUGGCACUCGCGCGCGUCACAGCUGGGGCGCGUGCCCGUGGGCGUGGACGACGGCUUGCCCAACCACGUGCUGCUGUGCUGCGCCCUCCCUGCUGCCCACCCACCGCCGCCACCUCCCUCACCCACUCCAACGCCCGCCACUCCCUCAACUCCACCCGCCACACGCGCUCUCACCCUCCGCCUCUCCCUCGCCACACACCCGCCGCCCUUGCCUGCAUGCAUGCCUCUGCUUCUCUCGCCCACUCUGCGCUUUCGCCUGCACGCGCAUGCUCCUGCUGCUGCCCACGUGGGAGCGGGCGAGGGAGUGCAAGCAGGGGUGCAGGGGGUGGCAGCAGGGGCGCGCAGGGAGGGCGAGUUGAGGCAGCUACUGCCUGGCGGCGCGGGAGUAUUCAGCUUCUACUCUCUGCGCUGCAACUGGCGUUGGCUCUUGAGGUGGGUGGAUUGGGGGGAGUGUGCAUGGGGCAGUGAGCGUGGAGUGUGGGGGCGUGGGGGCGUGACGUGUGGGCGUUUGGUGGAGUGA